AUGGCGACUCCGAGUCGGAAGGCGACGACCCCAGCCUCCCAGGCCCCCAAGAGAGUUCUUCCGAGAGAGACUCCGUCGGAGAUCCCGAGCAAGAGAAAGAGUUCUGGCCCAUCCACGCUGCCGCCGGCGUCCCUGCUGCCGGUACCCCUGCAGUCGUCCGGGCCUUUCGUGGAAGGCUCGAUCGUGCGCAUCGCCAUGGAGAACUUCCUGACGUAUGAUAUCUGUGAAGUAUCUCCUGGACCUCACUUGAAUAUGAUUAUUGGCGCUAAUGGAACAGGGAAGUCCAGCAUUGUAUGUGCAAUUUGCCUUGGAUUGGCAGGCAAACCUGCUUUCAUGGGACGAGCUGAUAAGGUUGGCUUUUUUGUGAAGCGGGGCUGUUCGAAAGGCGUGGUUGAAAUCGAAUUGUUCAAGGCUUCUGGAAAUCUUGUCAUCACCCGGGAAAUUGAUGUGGCAAAAAAUCAGUCGUUUUGGUUUAUCAACAAAAAAGCUACAACCCAGAAAAUAGUAGAAGAGCAGAUUGCAGCCUUAAAUAUUCAAGUGGGCAAUCUUUGCCAGUUUCUACCUCAGGACAAAGUUGGAGAAUUUGCCAAACUCAGCAAAAUUGAGCUCCUUGAAGCUACUGAGAAGUCAAUUGGUCCUCCAGAAAUGCAUAAGUAUCACUGUGAACUCAAAAACUUUAGGGAGAAAGAAAAACAACUAGAGACCUCAUGCAAAGAGAAAACUGACUACCUAGAAAAAAUGAUUCAGAGGAAUGAAAGAUACAAACAAGAUGUGCAGCGAUUCUAUGAACGUAAGCGACAUUUAGAUUUAAUUGAGAUGCUUGAAGCAAAACGACCUUGGGUGGAAUAUGAAAAUGUUCGACAAGAAUAUGAAGAAGUUAAACAAGCUCGUGACCAUGUGAAGGAACAAGUCAGAAAACUUAAAGAAGGUCAGGGUCCCCUAACACUUCGAAUUGAGGAAACAGAUGAACAGCGUCAUGUUUUGGAAGCGCGGAUCAAAGAGAAGGCAGUAGAUAUUAAGGAAGCAUCUCAAAAAUGCAAGCAAAAACAGGAUGCUUUGGAGAGAAAAGAUAAACAUAUUGAGGAACUUCAGCAGGCUUUAAGAGUAAAACAAAAUGAAGAGCAAGACCGGCAGAGGAGAAUAAAUAAUACCCGCAAGAUGAUAGAAGAUUUGCAGAAUGAACUGAAAAACACAGAAAACUCUGAGAAUCUUCAGCCCCAGAUUGAUGCUAUCACAAAUGAUCUGAGACAAGUUCAAGAUGAAAAGGCAUCGUGUGAAGGCGAGAUAAUUGAUAAACGAAGAGAGAGGGAGACUCUAGAGAAGGAGCAAAAGAGCAUACAAGGUCAUAUUAUUCGUUUUGACAAUCUUAUGAAUCUAAAAGAAGAAAAGCUGAGACAGAAACACCGUGACACAUACGAUGCUGUUUUAUGGCUAAGAAAGAACAGAGAUAAAUUUAAGCAAAGAGUCUGUGAACCCAUAAUGCUCACGAUUAAUAUGAAGGAUAAUAGAAAUGCCAAAUAUAUUGAAAAUCAUAUUCCAUCAAAUGAUUUGAGAGCCUUUGUAUUUGAAAGCCAAGAAGACAUGGAAGUUUUCCUCAAAGAGGUUCAUGACAAUAAAAAGUUAAAAGUAAAUGCUGUUAUUGCUCCCAAGAACUCAUAUGCAGACAAAGCACCUUCCAGAUCCCUGAAUGAACUAAAACAAUAUGGAUUUUUCUCUUAUUUGCGAGAGUUAUUUGAUGCUCCCGAUCCUGUGAUGAGUUACCUUUGCUCCCAGUAUCAUAUUCAUGAAGUUCCCGUAGGAACUGAAAGGACUAGAGAACGAAUUGAACGGGUAAUAAAAGAAACUCGGUUAAGACAAAUUUAUACAGCAGAAGAAAAAUACGUGGUGAAAACUUCUUUUUAUUCAAAUAAACUUAUUUCUAGUAACACAUCCUUGAAAGUAGCGCAGUUUCUCACAGUCACUGUGGAUCUGGAGCAACGAAGACACUUAGAAGAACAACUGAAGGAAGUUCAUAGAAAAUUGCAAGCAGUGGACUCAGGUUUGACUGCCUUACGUGAGACAAACAAGCAUCUAGAACUCAAAGAUAAUGAACUUAGACAGAAGAAGAAGGAGCUUCUUGAAAGGAAAACCAAGAAACGACAACUGGAGCAGAAAAUCAGUUCCAAGCUUGGAAGUUUAAAAUUGAUGGAGCAGGAUACUUGCAACCUUGAGGAGGAAGAGCGAAAAGCAAAUGCCAAAAUCAAAGAAAUCAAUAUCCAGAAAGCAAAGCUUGUUACUGAAUUGACAAACCUUGUAAAGGUUUGUGCUGCUUUACACAUGCAAAAAGUGGAUUUAAUUCUCCAAAUUACCACGGUUAUCUCUGAGAAGAACAAAUUAGAAUCUGAUCAUUCAGCUGCCUCUUCACAAAUACGUGUCACAGAGCAACGUUAUGUUGAGUUGGAUGAAAAUAGACAGAGAUUACUGCAGAAAUGCAAGGAACUCAUGAAGAGAGCUAGGCAAGUAUGUAACCUUGGUGCUGAGCAGACUGUUCCACAAGAAUACCAGACACAAGUACCCACCAUUCCAAAUGGACACAGCUCCUCACCCCCCAUGGCUUUCCAAGACCUUCCUAAUACAUUGGAUGAAAUUGAUGCUUUAUUAAUUGAAGAACGAUCGAGAGCAUCUUGCUUCACAGGACUGAAUCCUGCAAUUGUUCAGGAAUACACAAAAAGAGAAGAAGAAAUAGAACAGUUAACUGAGGAACUAAAAAGAAAGAGAGUUGAACUGGAUAAAUAUAGGGAAAACAUUUCACAGGUAAAAGAAAGGUGGCUGAAUCCUUUAAAAGAGCUGGUGGAAAAAAUUAAUGAGAAAUUCAGCAAUUUUUUUAGUUCCAUGCAGUGUGCUGGUGAAGUUGAUCUCCAUGCAGAAAAUGAGGAAGACUAUGAUAAAUACGGAAUUCGAAUUAGAGUCAAAUUCCGCAGUAAUACACAGCUGCAUGAAUUAACUCCUCAUCAUCAGAGUGGUGGUGAAAGAAGUGUUUCUACCAUGUUAUACUUGAUGGCACUUCAGGAGCUUAAUAGAUGUCCGUUCAGAGUAGUUGAUGAAAUCAACCAGGGAAUGGACCCAAUCAAUGAACGGAGAGUAUUUGAAAUGGUUGUAAAUACUGCCUGUAAAGAAAACACAUCUCAGUACUUCUUUAUUACUCCAAAGCUCCUUCAGAAUCUUCCUUAUUCUGAAAAGAUGACUGUGCUGUUUGUCUACAAUGGUCCUCAUAUGCUGGAACCAAACAGAUGGAAUCUAAAGGCUUUCCAGAGGCGGCGGCGGCGUAUUACAUUCACUCAGCCUUCUCAAUAAAAGCAAAGUGGGAGGGGACUUUGGAAUGCUGUUCUUAAGUACAGCUCAGCUGAAUAAAAGCUAGGAUUUUCA